UUCUUCAAGAGCUGCGCAAGCAGCUUAGCAGUAGUUCAUCGAGGAAGAAGAGGUGAAAACUCAUUUGGUGCUAGAACUUCGAACGUGUUGCCUCGUUGGAGCAAUUAGUGUGACCGCUAUCGGACAAGUGUGCCAACGGAUUGUGCCGGUUCGAAGGGAAAUCGGUUCUCCCGUUAUUGGACUAUCCGGAUCCGAAGGGGUUUCGGAAUUCAGCGGGCUACCUCAAGCAUAAAACCCCAUUGAUUUUGGGUAGUUCCCGUGCGGGAAGAUUCGUCAGCCAUUUAAUUUUUCCACCUCCUUCAUUCUCCUGCCUUUCUUCUUGAGUUUCGAGUUUGUGCGUGGUUGUGUGGUGGGGUUCGAAAUUCCUGCAGAGUGUUAACAUCUUGGUGCUGGUUCUCUAGGAAUUUUUGCCGGGAAUAAGAAGUACACGCUCAUUGAGCAUCGGCAGCAGCAGUAGCUCAGCAGCAGAUACCAGGAGGAGGAAAUCUGGGAACCUAAGUUGUCCUCAGUCCUGGAAAGUGAGCUUAUGUGAAAGUGGAUAACUGUGGAAUUAGAAAGCACAAGGAGUUCCGGAUUACCGUCCGGUGCAAGCGGUCCAGGCGAGGCCUCGGCCCGAACCAGUAGGUGAAAGCAGCUAUCGAAGAAGCCCAGCCCCGAAAAGGAUGGAUCUGUAUAGUUCCGAGGAUGUCAGCAUAUCGUCAACGUCGGACAUUCCAGAACCUCGAACCAGAAAUAGUCGGAAGCGGAAAUAUACCCUGGACGAUGCGGACAUAGAAAACCAGCGGCCCAGCAAGCGGCAUGGCGGUGAUCGACGGUUGUCGCCAAUUGCAGCGUCUUCUGCUCCCGCGGUACAGGUGCAGGUCCCAAGUGUUGCCAGUUCGGCGGCAUCCAGUAAUAGUGCCAGCAACAGUAUCACCAUCGGGAGCAGCGAGUACACCUCCGAUACGCAGAGUUCGUCGGAAUGCUACUCAACGACGGCCGAGUUUGACAUUUUCCCACUGGCUAGUCCUACCUCUGUAAAUAGUAAUAUCCUUAGUCCUUCCUGUGAUGCAUCCCGUGGCAGUUGGCACACCACCAAGGGUGACACGACGCCGCACGGCAAUAGAAAAUCUUCGUCUCAUAAUCGACAACAUAGUGAAAAUAGUGGUAGUACCAGUAAUAAUAAUAAUAGCAAUAGUAAAUCUCAAAUUCCCGCCUCGCUCUCGUGCUGUGUGACUCCGUCGUCCGAGCAGCGAACCUGCCCGUUGCCUCAGUUUGCUUGGGCCGACUCCAAAAAGGUGUGGAAGCUCAUGUGUCGGAAAGACGAGAAGGCAUCACUCGAGCGGGAACCCAACAUGUUCGACCAGCAUCCAGGCCUUCAGCCACGAAUGCGUGCAAUCCUACUGGACUGGUUGAACGAGGUGUGCGAAGUGUACAAACUACACCGGGAAACGUACUAUCUGGCGGUGGACUACAUCGAUCGGUUUCUCAGCCGGAAGAAGGAACAGAAGAAGACCCACCUUCAGCUCCUGGGAAUAACGGCGCUGUUCGUGGCGGCAAAGGUCGAGGAAAUCUAUCCGCCCAAAAUCGGCGAAUUCGCCUACGUCACGGACGGUGCCUGUUCGGAGGAUGACAUCCUGCGCGAGGAGCUGCUGCUGCUUAGUGAACUCCAGUGGAGUAUCAACCCCGUAACGGUGAUGGGUUGGCUAGGGACGUACAUGCAAGUCAACGCUACCAGCCGGCAGAUGGAAAUGAUGCACCCACAUUCCACUAGCUGCCGGAAGAAGCAGCAGCAGCAACAGCAAACCGCAGCAUUGAAACGGCAGCCUGACGAAGCCUUCGUAUAUCCCCAGUUUUCCGGUAUGGAGUUCGCGCAGACUGCCCAACUUAUCGAUCUGUGCUCGUUGGACGUCGGUCUAGCGAACUUUCCCUACUCUGUGAUCGCCGCGGCUGCCAUAAGCCACACUUUCGAUAGAAAAACCGCUAACAGUGUGUCCGGUUUGGACUGGGACGUGAUUGCUCCGUGUGCCAAAUGGAUGGAACCGUACUUUCUAGUGAUCUGCGAUGAGAACGAAGUAUCUCCGCUGGCACUGCUCGAGUCCAACGAACAGGUCAACAGUAGCUAUGGACUGGCACACGUUUGCCCCAAUCUGGUGGCGGACAGCUCCCACAUCAUCCAGACGCACACCACCUCGUUGGAUAUGUUCGAUAAAGCAUCUCUUCGCCGCGAACAUCUCGCAGUCGUCGCCUGUAUCAUUCAACAGGAAGCCUCACCCGCACCUCUGUUGGAUCCCGAGGGCCUACUAACUCCACCCGCUUCCAGCCGGAAAUCGCUCGAUGCAAGCAAUCCUCUCGAAGUUGGGAAUAAACUGGUGAAUAAGACUUAAUAGACUGUAAGUUGAAGUAUGUACUAAGAUUUUAUAAUAUUUUAAAGAGUAAAAGAGUUAAAUAGUUUUUGUCUGACAGUUCAAAUUGCAAGAAUUUUUAUGCAGAACCAAUUGAUGGAAGGUUUAAAUAAGUGUAUCACUAUGUUAUAUCUCAUUAACAAUCUACCAUCAAUUCGCAGAAACGGGUUGGUAUAUGUCUAAAUAGAUAUUAGCUCUCAAUAAAACGUUGACUUCAGAAUGCAUAUGUAUAUACUUAUAGCAAAAUAUUCAUCCAAGUAUUAACAAUACUGCCAACCAUACAAUAUAGUACAAAACAUACGUUGAUACUUUCUAAGCAAUCGAGCUUUUCUCUCCAUCCGCAUUAACAUCCUAAUCAUUAAACGAUUUUCCCACUAACAGCUAACACAUACGAUGAUGCUUUUAAUAAUUUCCUUCAGCAUCCUUUCUCCCAUUUACAAAACAAAACGUAACCAUCUCCACGCUUUUCUCUCCAUCCACAUUAACAUUCGAAUUAUUAAACGAUUUUCCCACUAACAGUUAACACCUCCGAUGAUGCUUUUAAUAAUUUCCUUUAGCAUCCUUUAUCCCAUUUACAAAACAAAACGUAACCAUCUCCACGCUUAUCCCAGCAAUCCAAUUAACAUGGAAUCCCCCGCUUUUAUCUAACUACUAACAACUAUGGCAACGCACUACCUAUCCUUUUCCGAGGCUUUGGAAAAGUAUCAACGUGAGUGGAAAAGUUGGAAAACGGAAUUUAACAUUUAGAGAAGACGCUAUUGGCAACAAUAGCGGCAAUCUCCGAUAGAGCAAGGGGAUUUAAUGUUGUGUAUAUAUAGUGUAUGGAAGCGUAUAAAUUUGCAGAAGUUGGUUUGAAUGUAUGUGAGAGAAAAAAGACGCUUAUUAAAUUAAUGGAUCAUUUUUCCCUGAAACUAAUGUUAAGCAUUU